CAUGCUCAAUCAAUGCUGGUCAUAAUAUAGUAAUAUUAUUACUCAAUAUUUUUUGUUCUACGUUGCCUCUGUUGUGCAACUGUUCAGUGUAAGUUAUGUUUUAAAUCUCGUACGUUUUAGGUCCAGCUUUAUUGUGAAGAAGUCGACGAUCUUAGUAGGCAUGCAUUCUUAUAAUUCUUACUAUAACUAUCACUCAUGAGUUUGUUCAUAGAAUAAAAUAUACAAAUUCACGUUUUUAUUGGACACACUAGCACUGAUUACAAUAUUUAAUAUUUAAUAGCUAUUAGUGUCCGACCAUUACUAAAAUACUGAACAGAAAGCAAGUGAGCUAAUACAUUCAACUUGCUAUGGCUAACAGUGAUCAGAUGCCCAAAGUUGAUUUCAUGAAAGACGGUGAAAUUGAUAAAAGAUUACUGCAACAGAUAAAAUUUGUUGAACGCCAAAAUCUGAUCCGUGCUACUAGGUUGAACCGUAUGCGUAGAAACGCUCGUUAUACAGGUUUAUUAUUAGGCGGUAUUACGUUAAGCAUUUACGGAUAUUCUAUUUAUUCAAUAAAGCAGGAAACGUUCUUGGAUGAUUUCGAGGAACCUGCAGUAACUGUUAAGCAAUAAUAAAUUAUAUACUCUCAU